AUGGAUGCGAUCGCCGCAGAGGGACACACAGAGAGAGCUGGAGUCCGUCGGAGCCAGAUACUGGAUGCCUUUUCGCCGGUCAACGAGAACGGGAGCUUCGAGUUCGACCGGGUGCUGAAGCGAGGCAAGGUGCUGCGGCGGUCGAAGAGCAAGCAUGCGUUCAAGUCGUCGUGGAAGCCUGGAUACCUCGUUCUGCGGCCGAACCUGCUCUCGCUAUACAAAGACAAGGAAGAGGCCCAGCUGCAGCUCGCCCUCUCCCUCUCCGACGUCUCGGCCGUUGCCCACGUCAAGUCAACGCCUAGGUCGAACAGGCCGAAUGUUUUUGGCGUCUUCUCACCCUCGAAGAACUACCGCUUCCAGGCUACGUCGACAGAGGAGGCGGAUUCAUGGGUUGAGCAGCUGCACCGUGAGUGCUCGGUCGACUAUCCAGACUCGGUCGUAAACUACUACGAGCAGAUACACGGCCGGAAGCAGACCAUCGCAGAGGCAGAUGAGAGUGCGGCUGAAAUGUCCGAGGUUGAAGGCAGAGGAGCCACGGCGGCUCUGGGACGAACUCCUUCUCUCCUGACGGCACCCGCACAACCUGGUCGAGUGAAGCGCCGAACUACCCAGGACUAUUCAGGCAAUGAAAUCACCUCUUGCUCCGAAUUCUCUGAUGCUGCCGGUCAGUCUUUGCCUUCUUCGAGGUCUCAACCAGCGCUCAACCGGAAAUCCUGCUCUCACAGAGACAAUCAACAGCCACCGCAACAGCAACAUCAACAAAGUCUACGGCGCCUGGCCAGUGGCCAAAGUGAAGCUGCUCCUAGCCAGCCAGACCCAGAGGGCGUCAUAUUCCAGGGUUAUCUGCAAUGUUUGAAGGGCCGGAAGGGCGUCCGCAAAUGGAAAAAGCUAUGGACGGUUCUUCGAGUCCAGAGCCUCUCCUUCUACAAGGACCAACACGAAUACUCGGCUGUCAAGAUCAUACCAAUGACCGAAGUCAUCAAUGCGGCAGAGGUUGACCCCCUCUCAAGGUCAAAGAUAUUCUGUUUUCAGCUUAUCACCGAAGACGUCACCUAUCGUUUCUGCGCCUACGACGAAGAGUCAGUCGACAAGUGGCUCGGCUCGGUCAAAAGCGUGCUGAUGAGACUGCAAGACUCGUCCAUGUACCCUUCAACAGGAGCUCUGAGCGGUUCUUUGAACACUCGUUGCUAA